CAACAGUUAACUACGACCUCCCCCACACCUUCCUCAAGUGCACCUUACGUCAACAGUCCUCCCCUCAGCAAACUACCACUGCAGUUCUCGUUACUUGUGGACCCGGCCGCCCCUUCCUGCCAGGAGGGCGUCUUCGUGCCCAGGUUUGUGUCUCCAACACCUGAGAACGGAGAGCACAUCCAGGCCGAGGUCAACAAAGAGACGGAGAUCAGAAUCAGAGCGGUGGCGACGCAUUCAACCCUGCAGAACAUCAUCAUCAGCGGCCCGACCAACGUCUCCAAGAGCAGGAACACUCACGACGAGUUCGUCAUCAGGUGGACGCCGACCGUGGACGACCUCGGAGAUCAUUACCCAGUCUGCUUUGCAGUGGAAUCCUCUACAGGGUCCUAUCAAGGCGGUUCAUAUUCCCGCUUCCAUAACCAUGCAUCCCUGACUUCUCAGUCUGGAAUCUAUCAGUCUGAAAUGAGGUGUGUUGUGCUGGACAUCAGGAAGAAGCAAAUCGAGGCCAGAGUGACCUGCGGUGACGCGUCAAUGACGGUGGAGGUGGAGAAAUCUUCCUUCUCCGGGAUCCAGGCGAGCCAGCUUCGCCUCAGCGACGCCAGCAACACGGCCUGCAACCUGGCGGCCCGGUCCAACUCCACCCACAUCAUCGCCACCGUCCCGCUCAACUCCUGCGGUACCCAGAUCGAGGAGGACGACGACUACAUCAUCUUCAAGAACGAGAUCUCCACGGGGGAGGACGUCGGCCAGCUGGUGACCCGGCACCACCUGCUGGAGGCCCGGUUCUACUGCCGCUACCCGCGGCGGGGCAACGCCAGCCUAGGCUACACGGCCCACCGGCGGAACGUGACGGUGUGGGAGAAGGGCCUGGGCACCUUCACCUACCAGCUGGAGUUCUACCGGGACCCGGCCUUCCGGUCCCUGAUCCGGCCCGACUCGUACCCGCUGGAGUACGAGCUCGGCAGCCGCAUCUACCUGCAGCUGGACGCCUCGUCCUCACUCAACAACACGGUGAUGAUGGUGGACUCGUGCCGCGCCGCGCCCUACGACAACCCCAGCUACCGGCCCAGCUACUCCAUCAUCCAGAACGGGUGUGCGGUGGACCCCACGGUGCAGAUCUACUCCAACCCCCCCAACAGAACCUACUCCCCCCCCCACCAGUUCCAGUUCAGCAUGGAGGCCUUCAAGUUCAUCGGCAUGCAUGACCAGGUUUACAUCAGCUGCUCCGUCAUCAUGUGCGAGGCGGGGAACCCGAACACCCGCUGCUCCCAGGGGUGCCUGAACGCCUCGUGGCCCCAGGCUCACCGCCACCGCAGGGAGGCCCCGAUCCAGAGCGCCGCCCACUUCGUUUCCCAGGGUCCUUUGCGGCUGAAGAGGUCGGCGGAGGCCUACGGAGCCCCAGGUCUCAACAUGAACCUGGUCCUCGUGGCUGGGUGUCUGCUCGCCGCCGUGGCGAUGAUCUGCGGCGUCAUCGUGUUCAAGGCCCGGAUGUCGAAAGUUCGAUACCAGCCGCUGCCUUCCAGCGAAGACUAGCGGAAAUACCUGCUGAAAUAAAUACCUGCUGAAAUAAAUACCUGCUGAAAUAAAUACCUGCGGAAAUAAAUACCUGCUGAAAUAAAUACCUGCUGAAAUAAAUACCUGCUGAAAUACCUGCUGCUGGAUUCUGAGGGUUUCUGUAUUUAUACCUAGGUGUUUAAACCAAUCAAUCCAUAAUAUCAUGUUAAAGAACAUAUACAUCUGCAUUUGUUUAACAAUAACAUAAUUCAACAUAAUUCUGUCAUGAUUUUUAAAUCAGUUUUUUUUGUAAUGCAUUUUGAUUAACUGUGUGACUUAAUGACUCAAUAAAACACUAAAAUGUA